GUCAAAUACUGUAGCAUCAAUUCAGUAGCAUCACUAUUAGGAUACGGGAGUUUACGUUCAACAGCUAACCUACCUACCCGGCCGGGAAUAACCAAAUAUCAACGGUGUCAUGCACACAUGUCGACUAUAGAUGGGACGACUUUGGAAUAUUUCGGCUAUUUCCGGAAAACCGGAGGAAUGCCUCCAGUAUUGGUCACGUGGACAUUGGGUGAUACCGGACCCCCGAUUCGUAAAGUAGUCUGAAUCAUAGGGUCUGGUAUCCAGACUUAGUAACUGCACACACAACACGCAUGUCGGAUUGCAGCACAGCGAAAGAUGUCUUGUACCCAAAACUAUUGUGAAAAGUACGAUCACGAGUACAGUUGAGACUGAAUUGAGGCCUUCCUUUCUUCUGCACUUGAGAAUGAUGCAUCCCCCAAAGGAGGCAUGGGUUCCGCCCCAAACUGAGAUGGAUGGGGUCACACAGGAUAGCCGAACAGAUCCUGACGCCCAGCUGGUUGUGGGGGUUGGUGUGACUUCCAAGACGCUCUGCAAGAUCCUUUUUACAGGUAUAUUGGCAACAGCAACCGUCGCUCUGACAGUCACUACCGUUGUGUUCGUCGUGCAGAGGAACGACAUCGCAAACGAAUUGAAUGAGUUGAAAGACACUCCAAUUUGCAUCACAAAGCAGUGCUAUGAAUCCGCUUACGUUUACUUGAGCAGUAUGGAUCAGAGCAUCAAUCCCUGUGACAAUUUUUUCGAAUACGCUUGCGGCGGCUGGACCGAGCGCUACUCAGUUCCAGAAGACCGAAUCGGUUUCUCAGUCAUCCAUCUAGUCAACGACGAUCUCGUGGGCAAGCUGAAAGAUCUGUUUGAAAAAAACCCGAGUGCUGGCGAGCCUAAGUCGUAUCACAUUGUGAGGAAUGUGUACAAGUCGUGUAAAGACAUGGACACCAUCAACAAGCUUGGGGCCAAACCUCUGACUGACCUACUUACGUCGCUCGGCGGUUGGCCUGUCCUCGGAGACAACCCAGUGGGCGGGAACUGGAACCAGUCCGCAUUCGACUUUGAGAAGCUGUGGGCCGACAUCAGGGGCAAAUACGACGUAGAAAUGAUCGUUGCCACAGGCACUUGGCCUGAUCCCAGCAAUAAAGACAAGUAUAAACUGCGUGCGUACACACCACGCUUCGAGGUUCCGAGGACCGAACUCGAAAACACAGAUUUGCAAGAAGGCAAGAGUUUGAUUUACGAAGGCGGCGAGCCUGAUGAUGACGGGGUAAAGAUACUGUUGGAGGAGAGAUAUUCCGAAAAGAGGCAAGCAUACUUUCAGUACCUGAUCGACAUUGCUGUGGCACUUGGAGCAAACGACACAGUUGCAAUGCACGACAUGAAGGACCUCAUCGAGUUUGAAACAACUAUGGCAAAUAUGACCGUUCUACAUCCAGACGAGGGCUGGGUCGAAACCACUCUUGAGGAAAUUGGAAUGGAUGAGAUUGACUGGGUGCAUUUUUACAAUCGGAUGCUACCAGCAAGCGUCGAACCAGGUGUUACUGAAGACGAAGCCAUCGUCAACUACAGGCCUAACUACAUUUCCAACGUCACAUUGUGGCUCAAAGAUCAAGAAGAGAGAGUCAAGGCCAACUACAUGAUAUGGCGGCUUGUUAGCCGAAUGGUGCCCUUCAUGAACGAGACGUUCCUGGCCAUCCGACAGAAAUACCUCCACAGUGUGAAAAAUACCACAACCACCACGGACCGCUGGAAGACUUGCGUCUCCACUGCUAACCACCAAUACAGAUUCAUUAGUGGUAGGAUGUACGUGGAUGAACACUUCCCUGAAGACGCAAAGCAGAAGGCCUUGGAAAUGAUACGCAAUCUGCAGGCGGCUUUCAAGUCCAUGCUGGAAACGAAUGACUGGCUCCAGGACGAAGAUAAGCCCAAAGCUGCUGAAAAGGCAGAUGUGAUGGCCUUUGAAAUUGGCUACCCAGAGUGGAUAAAGGACAACGCUAAACUUGACGAGGAAUACGUUGGUCUAACUACCGAGGACGACGAGUAUUUCCAGAACAACUUGAAGUACCUUGAGUGGGUUUCUCAGGCCGAGUUGGCACUCUUACGUGAGGAUGUGGACACUGAAAACUCACUAUGGUCAACAUAUGGACCAGCUGUUGUCAAUGCUUUCUACCAUCGAGAAGGAAACGGAAUGUUAUUUCCGGCAGGCAUCCUCCAACCACCUUUCUACCAUAAGGAUCUUCCCUGGUAUUCCAAUUACGGCGGUAUAGGUAGCGUCAUUGGACACGAGAUCACACAUGGUUUUGAUAACGAUGGAAGAAUGUUCGACAAAGACGGCAUCCUUAGGCAGUGGUGGACUCAGGAAUCCAUUGACAAUUUCAAAGAGAAAGCCCAGUGCAUUAUCGAUCAAUACUCCGGCUUUGUUAUGCCAGAAAAUGGCAGACACCUAAACGGAACAAAAACGCAAGGUGAAAACAUCGCUGACGCCGGAGGACUCAGAGAGGCGUAUAAGGCCUACAUAGACAACAUUCCUAAGCAGCCUCGACUUCCUGGUGUUGAUUUCACCGAGGAGCAGAUGUUCUUCCUGUCAUUUUCCCAGCUCUCGUGCAGUGUGUUGAAACCUGAAGGUGUGGAUUACUACAUCGACUUUGGAGUGCACAGUCCCCGCCGAUACAGAGUUAUUGGUCCACUGCAGAACAACGAGGCGUUUAACGCUGCAUUCAACUGCCCUGCAGGAAGCUACAUGAACCCAGACGUCAAAUGCAAAGUCUGGUAUUAAAUUCGCUCUUUCAAGAACUUAAUCCUAAGAUGCUAACUUUUUGACCAUGAUGCUUUGGGCAAACAUUCCAAAUAAUUGAAAAGACAGAGAUGUAUUACCUGGAACUGCGCUACAGCAAAUAUAACGUAAAGUACCCGGUAAAUGCGUGUUUUAGUAACUGGUGGUGCAUUCAUAACUUGAUGUAUUACUUUUUCAAAGCAAAAGGUGUACUCUCCUGUUAAGCGUAUUCGAACUGAUGUAUCAAUUGCAUACUUUCAUCUAAUUUACUCUUAUUUUGUUCCGUGUGAUAAUUACAGAGUUGCUUUUUUUAAUGACAAUUGUCUAAGUUGUGUCUGCUACUUCAUAACAGCUCUGAUCUUUCUUUACAUACUGCCAAGUAAACAAUUAGUCUGCAGAAAUCUCCGAUGUUUACGGGCAAUAAAAGUUUGGAAAUUCGUGUUGUGAAUUUUACUUGUGUAUUGUAACUCUUUAGCCUGGUUUUGAAAUAGUGUCCAUUCCUAUUGUCCCUACUCAGAUUUGAUGUUAACCUGAAUAGAUUUAGAGUCAUGAAUUGUGAAUGCUGUGCCGAAUGUAGAAACAAUUGACUGUUAGUAAACUACUCUUGUGACGUCACCCUAUUAACAUGAGUGUCGAUUACUCUUGAGAAUAUACAGUGAACUUUAAUAUGCCGAAAAAAAGACUUAUCAAAAUUGACUUGAUAGACUUGAACUGACUUGAUAAUGUUGUGACAUUAUCAACACGUCAAGAACACAUCAAGAAUAAUGAUUAACACUAUAUAAAGAUAAAUAUACCGUAUUAGAAAUUCUGCGGGUUGAUGUUCUCCCUUGAAAUUUGCGCUUUGCCGCGCUUAUAUUUUUGUUUCAUGUCAGAGUUUUGUACUUGAAGUGAAUCACUCCUUUCAUUUCACUUUUAAUGUAUAUCGUUUGUUUCGGUACAUUCUCCUUCCAUUUUUUUUAUUUCAUUAUAUUCAUUGGUUAAUUGUAACGUAUAAUUUUCAUACAAUAUAUAUCUUUGUAGUUUUCAAAUUCGUAUUUAACCAAUUUAUUUUCAGUUUAACCUCAAUUUUAACCCUUUCUCUUUUCUUCAAAUAAACAGUUAAAAAGAAAGAACUGUAACAAUAACAAUUCAGGUACAACAUUACACAAAACAGAUUAAUGGUUUAGAAACUUACCUGCCAGUACUUCACAGAUGUCGAUGCAUUCGUUGGCCUUAUGAAAUAAUUUCUAAAGACAGAGGGAUGUCGAUGAGUACGCAAUGUAGUUCCAAGGCUGUAAAGGUGGUUUCCAUUUGAAGAGACAGGAGACUGUGGUUCCCUAAUUAGCCGCUCGCCAAACCUGCUUGUUGAUGGUGUACAAAGUCACAAACUCCGUACAGUACAGCUAACUUAUACAUGUAAAUCCACGUGAACUUGUUGGGCAGUGAAAACAAUGCGUGCAGCCAACGAUCUGCUGAUGGUGCCGACUGCAAGUCUCUGUGUGUGACUUGAUAUUCACGCACCGUGUUUGUCAAUAAAGCCUGGUUUCCAUAUCAACGUAAAAAACAGAGAGCAACGCAAUCAAGACGCAAACUGCAACGCAGACGUAUGGAAACAUGCCAAACGGAAGUGCGCCGUCUCGCCAACAACGCAGACAAACACAAACUAGCUUGGGACCGAUCGGCAAAGUUGCUGCCAGCGUCGAGUAGCUGUGGUGUCCCCAUACAAACACGCGUGCUGGCAUAAACGGGCUGUAACGAUGUCCUUUGCGCUUAGUUCCAUUAUCUCCUUAUUGUUUAAAUAUUACACCCUUAGGAUCAACUGAAUGGCUAACCAACAAUGAAAUGCAUGACACUGGAGUACAGGCUUGGCAUCUUGAGGCUGUACAGUCAAUCUAAAAGAGUAUUUUCUGCAAUAAAAUCGCAGAGUUACCGACGCCAUUUUGUUUCAAUUUUUGGGUGGAAUGACAUCACGCACUGACUCUUGCGUUUGUGUCUGUUUUUUCACGUCUUGAGGACCGUCUGUGUUACAAACGACCAUAUGGAAACGAGGCUGAAACAGUUUUAGGUGCACCCAGCUGGGUAAAGCUUUUAAGUACAUGCAGGUGUACAUAGCUAGCCAACGCUCGACAAUGGAUCCCAUUCCUCUCACGGCUCAAUGCGUCAGUAAAACGUUUUGAUCUCUUUGGCAAAAGACAAUAGGGGAGGGAGAGCCGUGGUUUAGGUCGAAGAAACACUUAAACACUUGUUCGAAUCGGCUUGAAUGCUUUUCUUUCGAUCCCAAGAAUCUCCAAUAUUUCGUCGUUUCUUCUUGACGUAAACGCUACAAAUGCAGCACGGUAUGAGACGGAGAGAACCCCCCUGCUUUGUGUUGGUCAUUGUCUCCCAGGAAUCUGGGGAAUUCCUUUCAGACA